GUGCCACGCGAUGACGUUACAGUCAACCAUGGCGGUUGUAAAGUUAUACGUGGCGCUCCUGAGUGUAUUCGCAACCACCCUCGCAUGUGACCUCACUCCAACGGCCGCAGAAACUGAACUCAAACUUCAAGCAGAAAUAUACAUCAAUGACACCAAACCAACGAUUGACCCAAGGUACAGACAACUCUACCAUGUAGCUCCUCCUGUCGGCUGGAUGAACGACCCUAACGGAUUCUCCUUCUUCAAAGACAACUAUCACUUGUUUUACCAGUUUUACCCGUACAACACGUCGACAGGAAAUAUUCACUGGGGACAUGUUGUUAGCAAAGAUUUAGUGGAGUGGACACAGCUGCCAGUUGCGUUAGCGCCACAGACGGAACAGAUCUUCUCAGGCAGUGCUAUUGAAAACGAAGGCACUUUGGUACUCAUAUACACAGCUCACAAAGGUAAAGAUCCAGACACCAAUGAAACACAGUACCUAGCUUUCAGUAACGAUGGUGUGAUCUUUACCAAAUAUAAAAAUAAUCCUGUCAUUUCAUUUUCACCAAAUUCUGCCAAAGAUUUCCGAGAUCCUAAAAUCUGGAAACAUGGCGACUAUUGGUAUGUUGUUCUGGGAAGCAGAACUGCAGACGACAGAGGGGAAGUUCUAGUGUACAGAUCAGCGGACAUGGGAUAUUGGGAGUUUCUAAGCGUCGUAGCAUCAUCUAAUGGUGACCUGGGAUAUAUGUGGGAAUGCCCUGACUUCUUUGAGCUAAGUGGAAACUACGUUCUCCUUAUGUCUCCGCAAGGUAUGAACGCGUCGGAGGACAGGUACCAGAACCAGUUUCAGACUGGUUAUAUAAUUGGAAGUUUUGACUACCAGACAGGUAAAUUUGUAGAAAAGUAUGCAUUCCAAGAAAUUGACUACGGCCAUGAUUUUUACGCAACCCAGACAAUGGAGCGCAAUAAUAAGAGAUAUUUAAUUGCGUGGAUGGGAUCGUGGAAUGGCGAUUUUCCUGAGCGUGAAGACGGUUGGGCAGGAUCCAUGACAAUUAUUAGAGAGUUGACAUUAAAUGGAGGUCGUAUACUGAUGAAACCUAUUGACGCAAUCACUAAACUACGAGAGUCAGUUGUGUAUAACGGGUCUUUGGCACAAAAUGAACAUAUAAUUGGUUUAAACAAAACAGGAGAACUGCUUGUUUCGUUCGAUUUAACGCAAGAUAUUAGUUUGGCCAUCAGAGGGGUUAUUGAUGUUACAAAUAAUACCGACGUGAUUGGUUUGAGAUGGAAUGCUACUGGUAAUAAAGUGAUCGUGGACAGGCAAGGCGUCAUAAGGCAAGGAGAAUGGCUACCAGUUUCAUCAAAGUCUUUGAGAAUAUUCUUAGAUGCUAGUUCCAUAGAAGUGUUCUGUGGUGAAGGUGAAGUAGUGUUUAGUUCUAGAGCCUACCCUGCCGGUAACUGCUUCAUCGCGGUUGUUCAUCUAAAAACGAUAAAAGAGAAUCUUGUGAUAAAUGAAAUAGAGGCUUACAUAGAAGAAAAAAGGGCAGAAAUCAACCCCCGGUACCGACUGCACUAUCACGUGGCACCCCCUGUAGGAUGGAUGAACGAUCCCAACGGCUUUUCAUUUUACAAGGGCCAAUUCCAUCUCUUUUAUCAGUUCUAUCCAUAUGAGAGCCAAUGGGGCCCUAUGCAUUGGGGCCAUUCAGUAAGCCCAAAUCUUGUGGACUGGAAGACACUCCCCACAGCUUUAGUGCCAGAAGAAGAAAUGUGUUUUUCAGGCAGUGCUGUCGUUAAAGAUGAUGAAAUGGUGUUAAUGUAUACAGGACGUACAACAACCGAUGAGGAACCCUUCUAUAAUGAGACCCAGUACUUGGCCUUUAGUAAUGACGGCAUAGAGUUCCAUAAGUAUGAAGGUAACCCAGUUCUGCCUUACACACCUAACGGAUCCCCAGAUUUCCGAGACCCUAAAGUGUGGAAGCACGGCGAGCACUGGUAUGUUGUGAUUGGAAGCAAGACUGACGACGAAAGAGGCAGGGUGUUGCUUUACAGAUCACCUGACCUAAUUAGUUGGGAAUUUUUAAGUGUUAUAGGAGAAUCCUCGGGAGACAUGGGCUAUAUGUGGGAAUGCCCAGAUUUUUUCCAGCUUAAAGGGAAACAUAUUCUCUUGAUGUCUCCCCAGGGUUUGGUUCCACAAGGUGACAGGUACAAGAAUGUUCACCAAACAGGAUAUAUAAUCGGAAAGUUUAGUUACGAAACAUUUGAAUUCGUUCCUGAAAUUAGUUUUCAAGAAAUCGAUUUUGGUCAUGACUUCUACGCAGCUACUACUACUGAAAAAGAUGGAAAAAGGUACUUAGUCGCGUGGUUUAAUAUGUGGGAUGUUCCUCAUCCAGAAGAUGUUGAUGGUUGGGCAGGAGCCAUGACUAUCAUUAGAGAGCUGGAAUUAGUGGGCAACCGUAUUGUGAUGAAACCAGUUGAAACAAUAACCACCCUGCGAGAGGAGACUGUGUGGGACGGUAAUCUUAUGGAAAAUGAAUUUGUUCAGUUGGAUAAGACAGGAGAACUUUUAAUAACCGGAGACUUAAGUCAGAAUAUUGAGUUGUUGAUUAAAGGAAGCAAUGGUGGUGGUCAAGUAGUGCUGCAGUGGGACCCUCAAGUCCGUAAAGUCGUGGUAGACAGAGAAGGUGAUAUCAGACAAGUUGAAUGGCUUCCUCUGGGUUCUGAACAAUGGAGGAUAUUUUUGGAUGCUUCUUCCUUAGAGCUGUUCUGUGGUGAAGGAGAGGUGGUGUUCAGUACCAGGGUUUAUCCUGAUGGUGGCUGGCAGGUAACGAAUCUGAGCCCCCAACCCCUCGACACGAUUGCUUAUACAUUGAGAAGAAGUGUUCCUGAAUAGUUUUUAAGGUUUUAUUUCUCUGACAUGUGAUUGUGGAUAGUGCCUCAGAUUUUGGUAAAUAUAUUUUGUAAUAACAUAUAAAUAAAUUAUCAUAAUUU